CCAUUGAAGACCAGACUGAGAGAAGAACCCAACUGUGACUUAGAUACAGUUAAGAGCCAAGUUAAGGAGUAUGAAGCUGUUUUAGCAAGAUUAAAGUUCUAUAAAUCAUUUUACCUCACUUUAGUUGCACUGGAAAAGUCAGAGGGUUCAGGUGUGGCCUCAGGCAAGCAGUCAUUAAGCACUGCAUUGUCUCUGAUUGAACCAAUCAGAAAGACUGUAGAGUUAGGUGUUCAACCAAUAUCCACGGGUGAUAACAGGCAAGGUAGUAUAAUGGGUUUUGAACCGCUUGUCAAUCAGAGACUUUUACCUCCAUCCUUUCCGAGAUAUACAGCCAUUUUUGGUCGAAACCAGGCUAUUGAUUAUACCGAAGAAAUGGUCAAAAGAUUUCUUCAUAUCUGCGAUGUAGUGAACUAUGCGUCGCUUCACAUUGUAAUUGACUUCGUUUCAGAAUUUAGCAAGAAACGGCCGUGUGUUUUGACGCGCUCAUAUUUACAGCUUCUUGUUUGGCGCAACAAUAAUCUUUUGGGAAGAGCCGAGACAAUCAGAGAUGCAAUCAAAGCAUUUAACAGUCCGCCGUCCAUUGCUGAGAAAUCCUCCCUCAGUGCCAACCCCAAAGCGAGUGACUUAGCCGAUAGUUUUAUUAACAGAGCUUUCAGGCCUGUGAAGUCCAUUAUCCAUGCUCUCGGUCACAAUCGUGCUCGGCAGAGAGACAAGUUGGCACAUCUUUUGGAGGAGUUUGCUGCUCUUCAGGAUGAAGCAGACAAAGUAGAUGCGCAACUUCAUACUUUGUUAAUCAAAGUAGAGCCUCAGCGUCAGCACUUUGCCUGUUUUGGUUCAUGGGUGUUGUACCAUACACUAAACAUCAUGAUUCAAUAUCUGUUGUCUGGGUUUGAGUUGGAACUCUACAGUCCGCACGAGUAUCACUACGUUUUCUGGUACCUGGACUUCUUGUUCGGAUGGCACAUGACGUGCCUUAAUCGUGCUGAAAAAUUACUGCAGGCCCAAGAGACUGCACUAGGCAAUUGAGGGGUUUGAAAUGCAAAACAAAACAAGAAAGCCUGCGGAUAAAUUUGGUUCCGAACAGACCCGCUAUGAGCGCCGUUUCAUGCCAUUCCAAGCUGUGGAUACCCCUCAGCCGAUGUAUUACGCGCACUACAAGGAGUAUAGCAACUUGUCCAAGAUGAAUGCAUCGCAGAACACAGACCUGUUUGUGAUGGCAUCGAAUUCAUUUCAGCAAGCGAAGUCCAUUUUUGAAGUUGUUAAUAAUGUACAUAGUGAGGUUGCACUGUUACUAAAAGUCACGAAGACAAACCUCGUUGUCACUAAACUGGCUGCUGGAGGCCACAAACAUGACUCCAAGAUUCCACCAGAGUUUGACUUUCAAUGCCACCGAGCCUUUCCAAUCAUUAAGUUAAAAUGAAACUCACAGAUCCAAAUUACUUUGAUUUCCUAGAAAGAUAGUUUUCACCUCACGCGUAAGCACGGCUAUGUAAAAUCUAUCGAAUUCACUUACUUCAUAUCUUGGCCAAGGCUAUUGGCUUCCAUUCUUUCCAUCAAAUGUCAGAGAAUGAUAGACAUGCUUGUAAAAAGUCGUGUUUAAAAUGAAAUCUAUUUAAGAAACACUUUUCAUUUUUUUUGUCUGGUUACUCCAUUUUUUAGUCUGCAUAUUCGUCAGAUUGUCGAGUGGUCGUUUUAUCUCCGUCUAUCUGUCCGUCUGUACACAAUUUGCUUUCUUGAAAGCACGGUGUCUUUCGAAUUAUUUUGGCUUUUGUUGUAGCUCUUAUUGCCUAAAUCAACCAAUUUUUAAGAGUGAAUAACACACUUUAUCAUA